AUGAGAUACUCAACUGCAGUUUUGGGGAUUGUUUUUACAUUGAUUUCUUGGGAUGGAGUAAAUUCAAAUGCCACCCAUUGUAAGGCAGAGGAGAGAGAAGCCCUUCUGGACUUCAAGAAAUCUCUCACCGAUCCUUCCAACCGCCUCUCUUCCUGGGUUGGUGAAGAUUGCUGCAGGUGGACAGGAGUUCGCUGCCACAACACCACUGGCCAUGUCAUCCAUCUCAACCUCUCCAAUCCAUUCUAUCCAUUCCCUAUUGAUGAUGAGGAUGUUUAUUAUUAUUAUGAUUAUCAGUCUUUGGUUGCUGCGCAUGAGGGGUCCACAUCUGGACUUAGCCUCAAUCAUUUUCAGGGACUUCAGAUUCCACAGUUCUUUGGUUCCCUCCCCAAUCUCGCUUAUCUUAACCUUUCUUCUGCUGGAUUUGCGGGCCCCAUUCCUCCUCAACUUGGGAAUCUUUCAAGCUUGCAUUAUCUUGAUCUUGGAAACAAUCUGCUCCAUCUUAAUGAUUUGUACGUUGCAGAUGAUGUAAGAUGGAUUUCUCAUCUCUCCUCAAUUGAAUUCCUCACAAUGAGCUCUGUCAAUCUCAGCCGGGCAUCUAAAAAUUGGCUUCAGGCAAUGAACAUCCUCCCUUCCUUGUCCACGUUGCUCUUGAGUGGUUGUUCCCUCAGCCUUAAUCGUCCUCUUUCUCAUGUCAAUUUUUCUUCCCUUGUCGCUCUUGAUCUCUCCUCUAACUCUUUCAUGAAUUCUUCCACAUUUGCAUGGCUCUCCAGUCUCACUUCUCUUGUUUCACUCAAUCUGCAUGGCGCCUAUUUUACAGAGGGUUCAAUUCCAAUAUAUCUUCAGAACAUGUCCACUACUCUUCGAUCCAUGGACCUUUCUCAUUGCAAUUUGAACUCUACCACACCCAACUGGUUUUCUGGUCUCUCUUCUAUUGUUUCCCUUGAUCUGACUGAGAACCAAAUUCCUGGUUUGCUUCCCGCCCCUCUACGGAACCUAACUACUCUUCGAUUCCUUAAUCUUUUUGGCCCACUUCCGGUGUCUAUAGGGAAAUUAUCAUCCUUGAGGAGCUUACAAAUUUAUUCCAAUCUUUUCAAUGGGAGUAUUCCAGAAACUCUUGGGAGUCUCUCCAAAUUAGAAUUUGUGGACAUCUCUAACAAUUCCUUGGAAGGCGCCAUUUCAGAAGUUCACUUUGCAAAUCUAACUAGACUGAUGGUUUUCCGUGCUAAUUCAAACUCAUUGGCCUUGAAAAUAAGCCCCAAUUGGAUUCCUCCAUUUCAACUCCGUGAAAUUUCACUGGACUCAACUCAUAUGGGACCUCAAUUAUUUCCUUCAUGGUUUCAAACACAGAGGGAAUUGAAAGUUUUAUACCUAUCAAAUGCUUCAACAUUAGGUGCAAUCCCAACUUGGCUUUCCAAUAUGUCCCAACUUACCGUGGUGGAUCUAUCUCAAAACCAGAUCCAAGGCCCACUGCCUCCUAUACCUGCUACACUAAGCUAUUUAGGUCUUUCAAAUAAUUACUUGAAUAGAUCUCUUGUUCCCUUCUUGUGCAAUAAAAUGGUAGAUAAGGAAGCUAGUUUAUUAACGUUGGAUCUAUCAAAAAAAAUUUUAUCUGGAGAAAUUCCUGAUUGUUGGAUGAAUUGGAAAAAUUUAUUGAGAUUGCGAUUGGACAACAAUAAUUUGGUAGGAAAAGUACCAAGUUCCAUGGGUUCUCUAACUCGGCUUGGAUCACUACACUUGAGCAAGAACAAGCUCUCUGGAAACUUGUCUACAACAUUGCCAAGUUUUCAUUAUUUACAAGUUUUGGAUCUUAGUGAAAAUAAGUUUCCUGGAAGAAUACCGUUAUCGAUGGGAGAAAGUCUACCCCAACUUCGAGUCCUUAUUCUUCGCUCAAAUAAGUUGAGUGGUAAUAUUUCCAUCCAACGUUGUCAUCUCUAUUCUCUUCAAAUCUUGGACCUUGCGCAAAACAAUCUCUCUGGAGUCAUUCCGAAUUGCUUUGGUAACUACAGCGCAAUGAUUAACAAACCAAAAUAUUUGAAUUAUUUUUUGUACAAUGAUACAAGAAAAUCCUCAGAUGAAGCAAUGGUUGUGAUAAAGUAA